AUGGAGCUGCACGUGACGACAGUCAUCGGUCUGCAGACAGCUUUGCUGGUUUUCCUGCAGUUUGGGGAGAAGGCAUUGCCCUCACUCUUCGCAGCUCGCAAGGCCUGCCAUGCGGGCAGCGGCGCGCUGAUGCUCUUCCUCGACUCACGAGAUCCGCUGGCAAGGGCCUAUGUGUAUCUUGUUGUGGUCACAUCGUUGACCAUGACCUGGCGCCUGGUCAAAUGGGCUCCGGCUUUCCGGUUUGGCGCAGAUUACGACGUAGGUAUCACCGUGUACCUGUUGAUCGUGGCGAUGUGGUUCCACAUGCAGCAGCCAGUCCAAGCUUUGGCGCCUUUGUUCUUUGCUGACCCUGCUGGUGCGAUAGUUGGAAAGUUCUGCUCAGAACGAGGUUUUAAUCGCGAGUGGUAUCAGAACAAGACCAUCAUGGGGACUCUGGCCGUGCUGGUCGUGGCUUACUUCAGUCUGGAUGCGCCGGUCUUCCUCCCGCGGGCCACCCUGGCGGUGCUUUGUGCGCUUGCCGAGGCGUUUGGUGGCCUGCGGCCUCAGAUUUGUUGCGCUCUGCUUGCUCCUGUGCCACUGUGCCACCACCUGUAUCUAGCAGGGCUGAGCACCUUGAAGUUUGAUUUCCCUUUCUCGCCUGGCUGCUCAUGGGAAGUUGCAAGGGGUUCUGGAACAUGA